UGUAUAUAUAUUUUACAAAUAUCACAUCAUUUGGCAUCAUCAAAGUUAUGGAGCAUGGCACGGUUUGUGUAACCGGUGCAUCCGGUUUCCUAGCUUCUUGGCUCAUCAAACGACUCCUGUUAUCUGGUUAUCAUGUCAUUGGUACCGUUAGAGACCCUGGAAAUGAAGCAAAACUAGCUCACUUAUGGAACCUGCAAGGGGCAAAAGAGAGACUCCGCCUUGUGAAAGCCGAACUAACAGAAGAAGGAAGCUUUGACAACGCGAUCAUGGGGUGCGCAGGCGUCUUUCACAUGGCCUCUCCUGUUCUCGGACAUAUUACUGAUCCAAGGGAGGAGAUCAUAAAUCCAGCUGUGAACGGAACACUAAACGUGUUACGUUCAUGUAAAAAGAACCCGUCUCUAAGACGAGUGGUUUUCACCUCAUCAUCUUCCACAGUCAGGGUCAAAGACAACAUUGACUCUCAAAUACCUUUGGAUGAGUCAUGUUGGAGCUCUGUUGAAAUCUGUGAAAGACUCAAGAUUUGGUAUGUACUGUCUAAAACCAUGGCUGAAAAAGCAGCAUGGGAGUUUUGCAAUGAAAAUGGGAUCAAUUUGGUGACUGUUAUGCCAUCAUUUGUGGUGGGACCAAGCCUACCUCCCACUUUAUGUUCUACAGCGUCUGAUAUCUUGGGCUUGCUUAAAGGGGAAACAGAGAGGUUUUAUUGGCAUGGAAGGAUGGGAUAUGUUCAUAUAGAUGAUGUUGCUCUCUGCCAUAUUCUAGUUUACGAACAUGAUGACGCUGAAGGGCGAUAUUUGUGCAGUUCAAACGUCGUUGAUAACAAUGAACUCGUGUCGAUUCUGUCGGCGCGUUAUCCCACACUACCAAUUCCAAAGAGGUUUGAGCAGCACGACCGACCAUAUUAUGAGCUUAGCACUGCAAAGAUCAAGAGCUUAGGGUUCAAGUUCAAGACGAUUCAAGAGAUGUUUGAUGAUUGUAUCACGUCUCUUGUGGCACAGGGCCAUCUUUCUAUACCUUAGUUAAGCUAAAUGGUACCAAGUAUCUUAAUAAAAAUAACCAAGAAUAAUGUAGCAUCAAGUUGGCGUGUAAUAUGUAUCUCCUUAAAUUUUAAAUAAAACCAUAAAGACUGGAAGAUCUGCCUAGUUUA